AUGGAUAAUCUUUACGCUUAAGAAAUAAGAUAGAGAUAUCAUUCUUCAAUGAGUUACUAAGAAUAUUUAGAUACUUAUGAUAAACCUCCUCCUAAGCCUUAAAUUAAGUAUUCUACUAAAUAAUUAUUUUUAGACCCAAAGAAACCCCAUAAUUAAUUGAACCAUUAAUUUUAGAGGGUCAUAAAGGUCCUAAAAUAUAAUAAUAAAAAUUGACUGUUUAUUCUCCUGAUGAUAUCAUUUUUGAGGAAUCUGAAAAUGAUGAGAAACCAAAGGCUCUCAAUCAUAUUUCCUGUUAAAGAGCAUUAAAAGAAUAUGUAUAUUAAAUUUAAAACUUAAGAAUGUUAGAAUUAGAAGCUAAAGUGAGAAUCUUGGAUUUUCAGUAUUUCGAUUUUUGUAAUAAAAGAAAAACAAAUUCACAUGA